AUGGGACAACAUCAGGUUUCUUCCAUCACGCACUCGGAUGAAGUGCAAGAUAUGAAAGCCUCAUCCUCCGUACCUCUCAACCGAAGAACGAUUCGUACGGCAGCAUCUUCGCCACGAGGAGGAGGCGUAACCAAACAACAACAAGGUGCAGAUUCAACAACUCCCAUCUCUACCUUCCGAUCAUCCAUGCCACCUACGAGCGACAUCAACCCUUCUGUGGGCUCGGCUGGAGGAAAGACUUCUUCACUGCCUAUUCAUCAAGCGAACAACACAAUGGCCGCCACUUCUCUUCCAUCUUCAUCCUCUAGUUCAAGAAGAACACAAAAAUCAAAAGGUAAAUUGGGAGCUGGCAAUUUACUUGCAACAUCCUUCUCGAGAAGACAUUUCAAUGACGAUUUAAUUGGCGAUGAGGAGGAAAGUGAAGAUGAGACAUAUGAUGAAAAUUAUGAUGGAACCAUCGAUAAUAAUCCUCAUCAUGCUGAUGAUAUUGAACAUGAUGGGAACGGCGAAGAAUCUCUUCGAAGAAAAUUACGAUCGAGCCAUCGCAGCGGGAGGGACAUGAUCUUUGCAUCAGCAUUGUCAACAACCACAAGUUUGCACAAUCUCUUACAAGACCCAACAACAGCACGAAAUGAAGAUCUUGUCAACACACAUGAAUUUCACAACAAGAAUCAACAACGAAACAUGACGCUGACAGCUCACACGAGCUCACAACCACUACUCUCACAACAUCAUAGUCAACGGCAUACAGUUCAUGUAUCAAAUCAUGCAAUUACGAUGGAUGGGAUCAAUCAUCUUACAAAUACCACAAUGUAUCCUAAAACACAUUACAGUUAUUAUUGGAGACCAAAUGUAUACAAAGAUUGUUUCAUGCCAACCACGUCACGAUCGUCAACUGCAUAUCAAUUUCGAAAACAAACAAAUAGUGACCUAUAUGCAUCGUUGGCAACUGACGACAACUCUCAAUGCUUGGAAUGGACCAUUCGAUUAGAUCCAGAGAAUGAUCCUCAAUUUUAUGAGCUUGCUUUUUCUCUUUUUCACUUUGGAAAGCAAGACGAUGAGCAUGACGACGCUGUCAUUCCAACCUCUCAUUCAACGGAUGACGAUCAACAUGCAGACGACUCCAAAUUAGCAUUCAGUACGGUACAUAUAACCACUGCCACCUCUCCACAAAACAUCCACACCUCAAAUCAUACAUCUCCCAAAAAAAACCAUCACCGUGAAAAUGGUGUCACAUCACCUCAGUCCCUUACUGCCACUACUCCCAACUCAGACGCUCCUACAUCCGUUCCCUCUUCUCUUCUCAUGGGCAGUUGUACGACAACUACGACCACAAGUAGUACCACUACCAUGGGUACUGAUUCGUCCUCGAUUGGGCUUGGAACCUCAUCGAGUACGUACCUUAAUAUUCCUUCGCCUUCUCCUUCCUAUCAUCGACCAAGAGGAAGAGCAUUCCUCAUUGGCUCACAAACCUCUUCAUCACCCAAUCCUCAUACAUCCAUCAAUUCUUCAUCGUCCAAUCAUUUUUAUCCAUUCGAAUCAGAUAGAAACAGUAGGGAUAUUGCCUCGUCACCACUCCUAAAUUCUGGUGGUAUCAAUCAUUUACAUGUUCACAAUCAAUCUAGUCGACUCUCUUCCAACUCGAAUAUUUAUUUGGGCGAGAAGAGAAGGAAAUCUCUUGAACGCACCUCACGAGACUAUCGGAGAGAGAUGUACUUGCAAGUAUUGCGGACUAGAUUUGAAAACAGAGGAGUCAUACCCAAAGAAGAUGACGUGCACAACAAGAAACGCCAACAACCAUCGUAUUACAUUUCAGCUAGUCAACUCGAGCAAAGAGUACCAUUUGAAAUUAUGUUCCAGAUACUGACCUAUCUGACUCCAGACGAUUUGAUCAAGUUGGGAAAUGUGAGUCGAACAUUUCGGUACAUAUGGACAGAACACCCACUUUUAUGGGUGCGAUAUCCAUACAUCAUCACCAAUGAGAAUGGAGAUUUGAAUUUGGGAGAAAUGGUAGAACAAGAAAAAUCUAGAAUUGGGUCAUCAUUUAUUGAUCACGCGUCAUUACGAGAACUCAUUGAAGAAUCUCCAUUCACCACUGAAAAAACUAAUAUUGUCCUUUCGAGUUGGAGCAAUAUUUAUAGAGCCAUUUAUCUUGGAUAUUCGAAAGGACCAUGGAAUAAUUAUUGUACUUUUUACAACAAUGUAAAUACUCAAAGCGUAGAAUAUCGAUUAAGCAUGAUUGAAAUUAAGGUUUGCUUGGUUGGAGGUUCAGGUACUGGUAAAAGUUCAUGGGUCCUCAUGCUCAAAGAUGCCAACAAUGGAGAGACGCCAGAAAUCUACAAGUCUAGAUCUAAAAAGAUUGAAUAUAUGGAGGCAACUAUUGGUGCUUCCUACACUGUAAAACAUAUCAAGGUGACACUUCCACAUUCUGCAUCCUCGAGCAAUGAUUCUCAAGAUGACGACUCCAUUUCAUCAGAAACUGAUAGUUAUAUUAUGAAUCGUUUCGUACCAAUUAUAUCAGAAAGUAUUUGGGACACUUCUGGCGUUAAAAGAUACUUUCCUUUAAUUCCACUUUAUUUGAAAACAUGUAAAGGCAUCAUUUUAUGUUUUGACCUCAACAGACCAGAGUCAUUUGAUGAAAUGAUUGAAAUAUUUGAGGAAUACAUUUUUAAACAACAGGCAAACAAAUGUGAGACCAUGGACUUGUAUGAAAACAAGCAUUUAUUCGAAAAGAGUCUUCAAGAACAAGACACCUAUGUCUAUGUUUGUGGAAUGAAAUGCGACACUGAGAGACAUGUAUCCAACGACAGAAUUACACAAUUUUUGCACAAGUAUGGAGGAUCUAGAAUCAAGAUAUUUACCAACAAUUUUCUCUAUUUUGAGCUAAGUCCACUCACAGGAGAAAAUGUGUACACUCCUUGGCUACACUUGGCCUAUUGCGUGGCUUUGAAUAAUCAGAAUGAUCAUGCAUGA